CCACAACUCUUCUCUUGAUACAACAUGUGUGCAUCAUAACUCGGUUCUUACUGUCUACAUGCAUGUAUCACAUGAAUCAUUAAUAGAUCUACAACUAAAAAAGGAACUUGACCAGACGCUUUUCUAAAGCGCAGCCUGGACUCAAAAUAUUCUAAGUACGGAUGUUACGCAAAAUCCAGAGGGUUGGCAAAAGAGCCACUAAGUUCCAGUACUCAGCCACGUACCAAUCAGUAGUCAUUGAAUGCUUACGAGAUAAAUGGCAUCCAUCUGCAGUUUGUGUGUCUUGGACGCGCAAGGGUAGGAGGCUCAUCACUAAGGUUCGACCAUGGCAACCAUCACCUGACAACAAAAUGAGGGGCGUGGUGAUCUGGCCUGACCCUGAGAACAUUGAGAUAACUGUCACAUUGUACAAGGGGCCUAAAGACAAAUCAUAUGAAAGUAAAGAAUGGGAGUUUGCUGUAAUUGAUGUGGAUCAAGCAGGAAAGCGCAAAGUUUUGGCUACAACAUCCAUCAACAUGGUCCGCUAUGCUUCCUCCAUGCCAUUUGAAACUGACCUAACUCUGCGGUUAAAGCCUGUCUCACGAAAGAUCAAGUCUGUCAUACUUCAGGUUUCUCUCUCCUCCAUGUUUCUAAAGGAGGGAAAGGCAACGGAUGUUGACAUGAUGAGCAUUGCCAGCAUGAUGAGUGUGUCAAACCUCUCCAACAUUGGCUUCCUGGAAGACGAAGAUGACGAGGAGUAUUACUGGACUGGAGGUCGAUCAGUUUCUCCUGCUAUGCUCCCUGAACAUGUUUUGAGUACGGAUCAGCUAUUAGACUGGGCUCGUGAUGUGACUAAAGACAUUCCGUCCGUAAAGAUCUCUAAUAUGACCACUUCAUGGAGGAAUGGUAUGGGAUUUUUGGCCAUUUUCCACUACCACCGACCAGACCUAAUACCAGACUUCGACAUGCUGUCUCCGACUAGUAUAAAAGAGAACAACAGACAAGCAUUUGAGCUCGCUCAUAGUCUUGGUGUUGCGUGUCCUUUGACUCCAAAUAUGAUGGUAACCACCACCGUACCUGACAAGCUCGCAGUGACCUCAUUUGUUUACCAGCUUCAUCAGUAUUUCACUCGGGCCACACAGUCAGCAGUAGCUAAGGCUGGAAACAAUACAGGAAAUAGCCCCUCUGAUCCUGAGAGGGCCCAAUCUCCGUUUGAUAUCUCAAAAAUCCCAGAAAUGUUUUCCGGGAAGCUCUCUCCUGUCUCACCACCACCCUCUACGGACAAGGUCAAUUUCUAUUCACGCCACUCCAGCAGUAACAGUUUAGCUGAUGUCACCUCCAACCAUAAGCCAGAUAGUAGCAAAGGUUCCUCUGAGGAAUACGACAUUAAAAUUCCAACAAGAAGUGGAGAGUUGCAUCAGGAGAUAUCGGUAAGCCCAGCGUCUAAAGUUAAGCUCCAGUUGGAUCUGUUGGUGCGUGACUAUGAAUCAGAUAGUGAGAGCAAAUUAGCAAACCAAGUCAGUCACAAAGAAGUCACUGCUGCAUCUCCAAAGAAUAAUGAACGUGUUGUGGAUGUACAAGAAAAGUGUGAAGAUAGGGUUGUUGAAUAUGAGAAUCCUUGUGAGACUGAAUCAUCAGAGUCAUUAUCCACUGAAACAACUUCAUCAUUCCCUGCUGGUGAUGAUGAUGAACAAUCAAGGUACCCGGAUUUGCCUUUAGAUCCAAAACCACUUUGUAAGGCAAACUUAUCUCCGAAAGAUCCAAAAGAGAUCUCUACGACUGGGCGAGGUCGAAAAUUGCCCUCCCCUCCGGUGGACGCCGAGUCAAGAGAGCAGAUAGCGAAGAGAGAAGAGAGGAGGAGACAGGCUCAAGAAAUGUUAAAAAAACACAGAAUCAAAAUAAAUACUACUUCAACUGAUCGAAUUAACACUGGAAGUUCCCCAUCUACUGACUCCAAGUAUAGACAACAGGCAAUUCAAAUGUUAACGGAAGCUUUCAACAGUCCAGUAGGCUCUAGAAAGGCUAGCCUUCCUCAAAAUGAGGAAUACUUAUCUUCUGAUGGUAGUGCCUCUUCUCUGAGUGUCGUUGACAACAGUCCAUCUAUGAAGCGUCAUCACUCCACUGGCUCAAUCGGCAUCAUAUCUCUAGUGCAGAAUGUACCUACUCCAGACUUGCUCAACUCUGAAAAGUCUGGUGAUAAUAGUGAUGUGGUAAAAGAUUCUGAAGCUAAUGAUGAGGGAGACAGUGAACAAGAGAUCACAAAGAAAGCACUAAAAACAAGAGUGUCUGACAGCAAUUUAUUGGCUCAAGCCUCUUCUCUAAAUGUAAACUCUCUCGAACGACGAAAUUCCGCUAGCAGCAUAAACAGUCAACCCCCUGACACUGGUAUCAAGAACAAGAGGUUAUCCUCCAUAGUAUCAGCCAGACCUAAUAGUGCAGACCAUUCAAAGACCAACAAGAAGAGGCAGUUACCAGCUGUCAGGCCAGUCUCGGCCCAACCAUCACAGACUUUAGUUAGACUGCAAGAGCAGAAAAGGCGUGAGGAGGAAAAAAGAGUGAGACAAGAGGAAGCCAAACUAGCAGCAGCAAAGGCAAAAAGGUUUGAAGAACAAAAGAAUGAAAUAGACUCUGCACCACGACCUGUUGAAGGCGAAAUGAAUGAGCUCUCUGGGUCUCAGGAUGAUCGAAGUGAAAUACCUUCCAUGAGCAAACAGAUUCCUAGGGUCACACCUGUGGUUACCUCACUGUCAAGCCCAGCGUGGAGUCAGCACAGUGAGGACCUCAGUCAGGACCUUUUGGUGACCCAGAGUGAGUAUGUAAAGACAGAGUUGUUGGGACUGAAAGAGAUCAUGGUAGGGCUUGAGGAAAAGGCAGGGAACAUGGAGCUCAAGGUCCGAGAAGCUAUGGAUGAUGGUGACAAAGAAAAAGAAGAAGAGCUGAUGCAAGAAUGGUUUGGACUGCUUAAUAAGAAGAAUGAACUAAUAAAGCGUCAGAUUGAAUUGAGUAUAAUAGAGAAGGAAGAAGAUUUGGAGAAAAGACAAUUCUUUAUCAACAGAGAGCUACGACCUCUCAUGGAAAUUCCUGAUAAUGAAAAGACUGAGCAACAGAAAGAGAAAGACUCUCAACUACUAAGACAAUUGUUAGAACUAAUUGACGAAAGGGAUAAAUUGGAAAGAAGAAAACUUUCAGCCCAAAAAAGCUCUGAUCAUGAGAGGUCUAGUUUUGCGAUGGCACAAGCAACAACAGAACUGGCACCCAAUGACUACCCUAGCAAACAGGGUGGUAAAGACUGUGUUGUAUCCUAGGCACGUAGGGUAGAACAUUAAAUUUUGUAUCCUCGAUUAUUGUAUUUUGUGUUUGACAUCUUUAUGUGCUAAAUAUAUCUACCAACGGUCAUAAGCCUAUAGAAACUCUUACUUGAACUUCAUUGAUCCUUGAGCAGCUGUAGCAGUUUAAACACAAACACACUACCGUAUACUUCGUUUGCGCAUGCGCAUCGAGGCACAAUAACCAUCACUCCUUUUAGUCUCAUCAGGAGUAUGUACUCUUGGUCUCAUGAACAGUCGCACCUCUCCAGAGAGGUCUCGAUCUCCCAUAGGAAUUACGGGCGGCUGCUUCAUGAGACUACACAUCAGACUUAUUGGUUAUCGUAUCUGAUAUGUGAAUAAAAACUGUUUAGUGUUAGAGCUAACAGCUCCAAACACUACACCAGAUAUUUACACAGCCUACACAAAGUAAACGGAGUACCUGAGUCAGCGAUAAUUAUUUCAAAUAGGGGUUGCAUGGUCAGUAACAUACGAUACUGUUUAAAUUAAUGAUUGAUGUUUCAGGGAAAGGAACAAUAGAUCUGUGACCCUCACACGACUUCCCGAUACAGGCUCUCCUUUACCCUAACUGUACGUCUAUUUCUUUCUUUAUAUUCCUUCGUAUUUUAUCUCAUUGAACGGAUUAAUACAGUCGGUUAUAAUAAAAAAGAAAAAGGAUAGCCUGUAUAUGUAUAGUUCUUAAAUUCGGUCAUUACCUACAAUAUCAUUCUAGCUCCGCCCAGCUGACACAUUAUCUGAUGCGCAGAGGAGGUAAGCCAAGGUCACUUUUAAUGAUCAUCUUUGACCUUUGCUUGGAUUAUAGCAGCUACCGUUUCUGUUGCUCUUGAUCGUUCAUUUGCCUGAUUGGAAAGCUAAUUGCUAUACGAUCUAUAUCCAGUACAGCAAACCAGGGCGUCAAAAUUUAUACCCUAGCUACAGAAGGCCAUAAUUAUCUUGUGGUUUCAAAGAAUGCAAUCAAAGGUCAAAGGUUUCAAUUAAAUCUGGGAUCUUCUCUCAAGCUGGUUCGUCUGGGGCGCAAUAGCUCAACUGAUUUCUGCUGUGUGAAGCUGGUGGUGUAUAAACCCAUGUAGGGGUGCGAGGGUAAACUCAGUUUUACAUGUAAAACAUAAGCCCACGUGAUGUUUUAAUUAGUGACCUUUUGACAUUGGAGUAUAUAUACCUCCUCUGAUCUGAUCGUACCGAGGUUGCUGCACCACCCUAGAGUACCGGGUAGUUAAUUUUGUCCAGGGGGAUCGUAUCUACCAAAAAUUAAUAAUAAUAAUUUUCGACACUAAAAAAUUAUUCUAUGCUCCCACCCCGGACAAAUUUCGAACUGGGAUAGUAACAGGAAGGCUUCCAUAUGCUGACUUGGCACUUUCGAAUUAUGAUCGCCGUCUACAUCUUUAUUUGUACCUAGUCUCGCGUCUAUUCAGUUUUUCAUGUAUUGUAACAGGACAUAGUCAGGGAAGUGAAGAGAAAAAUUAUGCAUGCUGUGCACACUUAAAAGGCUGUAUCCUACUUUCACCCCUAGCUUUGGAAACUCUCAGCUGAAAGGUAAUAACGACAUUGUUAUUAAAAUUACAAAAAAGCUGUUUACCGUACUUCCGCCAAUAAUUACGUUUUCAAGACUAGGUAAGAAAUAGUGCCUUAUUAGAAGGGGGCCUCUUUUAGAAGAUGUAUUAGGCAUUAUUAUUUACCGAAGGUUUGAUGCAUCACCGCAGCUAGGUAUAAACCAAGAAGAUGCUCACGAAUUCAUGCUGGCAAUUAUUGACAGAAUCAACAGCCACACACAUGGUAUAGUACCUGUAGUUUUAUAGAAGCAUUAUUGUAGGCCUAAUGAUCAGCAAUAUGGCAUAUCUAUAUGCAAUAGAGGCCUUCAAAUUCUUCUUCUUACCUUUUUCAAGUACAUGUAGAUGAUCUUUGAGUCUAGUCCAUUCAGUACUAUACUACUAGUGCAGAUGAGUUACAUUGUGGAGCUGGGUACGGGUCUCUCUGAAAUAAGAUUGAUGUGAGUGCUGAGUCAGCAACUUGAGUGGCAAUAUUAAUUUUGCUGAAUCAGCAUAAUUAUGGAAACCUUCCAUGUUUAUUAUUAUUAUUACAACAAAUCUUUUGUGACACGCCUCUGGAUUAUUGUCUGGAUCCUGUACGUACAUGUACGUAAUGGCUGACCUAGGACUAGAUGAGGGUCCAAUAGAGGAGCAGUUGUCAGUAGGAAUAUUAGGCGUCCUGUCACCAGCUGUUCAACAAGUAGAUUCCAAGAUCACAGAAGUCAG